AUGGGGCAGGGCAUUUGCAAAUGCGAGGAAGACGAGUCUUCCAAAGCUGCGAAUCUUGAUGUCGCCUCUGUUCCGGUGCUUGCCGACCAGGUCAAAGCAGCAAAGGCACAAUUCAUGGGAGGUGUUCUCGAUGGUCCUUGGUUUCGGAAGGGAGACAACGUGUUCCUGGGCAACAUCAAGGAAGAAAAGAUGAACUGGGUACCUGGGUUCAACCAUGAUCCAUGUGAUCUGCAGGAGGUAGACUCAUUUCGAGUCAGCAUAUUUCUAGAAGGCAAGACACACAGUGGGGUCGUUUCCAAAAACGGCACUGAGACGAUCAUAUGUUGGAGCGAUGGAGAGGUUUGGUUUAAGGGCUAG